GAGUAAAAUAUUUUUCAGUAAAAAUAAAAACUUGAAAAUCCCUCAUUCAAAUCAAAUGAACCAAAGUGAACACAUCAAAGAACAACAGAUAAGGAAAUCGUCUUUCUGAAAUCUUACUAUUGAAAUUUAAAUUGUAUCCAAGCCAUGGAACAAGAGACUUUUUUUUCCGAGAAAGUUUCAUUCGCGAACCAAAAUUAUAAAAAAUAUGGAACGACAACUCACAACAAUUUGAAAAGAAAUCAGCAAUCUGAAGUUCUAAUACGACAUGAUCUAACAAAAACAGAUACUCUUCAAGGAAUAGCGAUACAAUAUGGAUGCUCGAUGGAGCAAAUUAGAAGAGCAAACAGACUCUUCGCUAACGACAGUCUUUUUCUCCGCGCUUUCUUAAUGAUUCCUGUUAGCAAAGAUUCACCGUUUUACCCUAAAGACGCUGAACAACGUCAAUUUAAUAAUCACAUGCUUGCUAAAAGAGCAAACACGAUUGGAGGUCCGUCAUCGUCUAAAAAUUAUUCACCAAGCGAUUCAAUGGACUCGUUAACAAGUCCAACAGAUGACGACGAACAUCGAAAAUACAUGGAAGAGUUUCUUGAUAAAAUCGAUUCCAGUAUCGCUUCAUCAAAGAAAAUGGUUCGGGAGCAACAGAAGAACAGCGACUUCAUCACGUCAAGUCAAAGUGACGAUUCUCUUUACAGCUCCGGCAAUAGCUUUAUUAACCACAAUUACGAUUUAGCACAUCCCUCGGGGUCAUCUUCAUAUCAACAAUAUCAAUCAUUAAACCAUCAAUCAGCGAGACAUAGCUUGGGUGGAAUGAGCAACGAUUCAAACCAAAUAAUUGUUAGGACACAAGGACGUCACAUAAAAAAUUCACUUCAACGACUUGAGAAGCAGCAAGACGAGAUAUUUGAGUUGUAGCAGAUAGCUGAGGCUCAGCUUUAUCGCGUGAUCAAUGACCAUCCAAGUUAUUUACUUCGUUUGAGCACAUUUAAAGAUCGGUUGAGCCGAAUCUUGUUUCAUCGCAAUAGUCGAAAACUCAAACGUCGAUCAUAGUAUGAAAAUUUAAGGUAAAAAGAGAAACAAAAAUAUGAAAUUUUAGAUAUCUAGAAAUGAAGUGAAGCAAUUUUUUUCUUGACCUUAAUUAUUCCCUCUCCCCCACCUAUAAUAAUCAAGUUUUGGAACUUUCAUGACUCAAGUUAAGAAAACAAAAACAAUGAUAAACGAUAACUCACUAAAAAUCUUCUUAUCACCUUUUUUUCUUAUUAAUUCCAUUACAACACUUUCAUGUGCUCAAGAGAAGUGAGAUAACAGAAAAUAAACUCAAAUGAGAUUAUAAACGAAUGAAAUAUUCGCAAAUUAUGCCUUAAAAGUUUUAAAACAAAUUUUUAUUGAUGAAAGUGUGGCUGAAGAUGGUGAAGAUUUCUACAUAAAUUCGAAAUUAUGUUUUUAUUAAAUAUUUUUUAGUUCACUUCCGUUGUGAUAAUUCUUUUUUAUUCAUUUCAUGUGGAAGUUGCGAACGUGAUGUUGUGUAACUUAAAAUGUCACGCUUUUGAAUUUUUUAAUGAAAUAUUUUAGAGAAACAAGAAAAAAGUUUUCCACAUUUUUGGCGUCCCAAAUUUUUAUUGCUGGUAAUUUAUUGAAAUUAUUCUUUUAAUUCUGAAUAUUUGUAGAGUGUAAAAAUGUUCUCAGAAUUUUAGAUGAUUAAUUUAAACAAAUGCAUUUAAUAAAUUAAAGAUUACAAUUUUAAGUAGAUAAUUUUGGAAUAUUUUUUAAAUUUUGUUAUUUAAUGCAGAAGACUUCAAAUGCAU